UCUUGCGCUGCGGCUGUCAGCUUUAUGUAACCGGCUAAUCUCUGGAAAGUUUCAUGCUGCGCCUUUGUUUCCUGACAUCAGCGUUUCUGUAAUCCUGCCCCGUUUAAAUCCACUUGAAAAUGACAUGGAAAGUCACAAUACAAUUUUAAAUAUAUGCAAAAUUGCUUAAAACAAUUAAAUAAAUAGAUUUUUUUUACAUUACAAUUAAAGUUGAAAAUAGAUUACAAAAAGAUUUAGCUUUAAUUAUCAUGAUUUUACGUAUGUGCAUUAUUAAAAGUGGUUAUUUAUGGUAGGUCCUUGCAUGACGGAUUACACCAAGCAUCUGAGAUGGUAAACAAACUGAUGAUGUCAGAGGCUUAGUGAUGAAGAGGUUUAUCACUGCAGACACCUGUGUGUGAUUCAGACUGCUCCAGACCUGCAAGACAGCAUCUGGCAAAGGUGAUUUGUUGGUGUGUUUUGGUGAUGAUGAAUAUUCUGGAGGACGUUCCUUUUCAGACCCCUUUGGGACCGUUAGGUGUUGAGAUACAGAUGUCGACUUUACCUGAUAUUUCUGUACCACAAUGCCAUCAGAUCAUGCAGGAAACUGAGUAUCGAUUCAAUCUGGAGAGAUGGAUUUUAACUGGGCAGCAGCCGGUGAGUCAGGUUCCCUCUUGCCCCCCCUACUGGCUGAUGUUCAGUACCCCUCAAGAAACCCACAAGCUCACUCCUAGGGGCCAGGAUCUGUGGGCCCUCCGGCCCCGCAGCCACAGCCUGAGCUCCGCGGAGGACUGCUGGUUGCACCACCGCGCCGUCAAGUUCCUCCCAGCUGACUCCGAUGAAGAAGAUGGCUCAUAUAAGGACAUCGCCGGGGUCCCCAGAGAGCGGCCCCGCAGUGCCAGGGACCCGGUCUCCAGGGUCAAAGACAUGCACCUCGCUCAUUCCUCACACCGAGGUAAGCCGGGGUUAUCUCCGGUCCUCAAAGGCCACAGAGCCGCGUCUUCUCUCCCGGACUGCAGACCACCUUUACGCGCGCUGGAGCAGCUCAGAUCACAGCAGGCAAGCUCGCUGUCUCAGGGGCAGAAGAACGGCAAGAAGAGGCAACGCUCUCUGGGCAGACGGUUCUCCCAAAACACUCCGCCCGCCCAGCAUUCUCCAUCCAGGCCACUGCAACAACGACCCUCCUCGGCUGGAUCUGUCAGAAACCGCAGGAGAAAGGUCCUGACAACUCCUGGCUCUCGUGGUGUUUUCUUUGACUCAGCAGCAGAGCUUCUGACAGCUCUCAGCCAGGAGGAGAGGGAGUUACUCGAAACCAUCACAGAGAAAGGAUACCCGUUACGCACUGCCAUCCUGGCUCUGCAGAAAACUGGCUAUCAGAGUCCAGAGAAGGUCCUAAAAUACCUGGUUGCAUGUGAUCGUCUUUGCCAGCUGGGCUACGAUGAGGCACAAGUGGAGGAAGCUUUGGAGAUGUUUCAGAAUUGUGAGAGCAAGGCUGCGGAGUUCCUCCACUUGCUGACUCAGUUUGAUGAGAUGGGCUUCCAGCAGAGCGCAAUCAAAGAAGUGCUGCUUGUUCAUGAAAACCACCGUGAGCGGGCUCUGGAGGAGCUGAUGACACGCAUGGCUUAGGUAGUCCAGUCUGAAGAC